AGAAGUGGAAGAAGUACACGUGCCAGUGUUUGAAGUUUGUGCAGACAGACCUUAUAAAAAUCGUGGCGAAAUAGUUUCACAUCUAAAUGGCUGCACUUGAUCGAAAAGGAACCUUCAAAGUUGAAUAUCUGCAAAAAAUUGAACGAGAAGUUCAGCAACAAUGGGAACAGCAACGAAUUCAUGAAGUCGAUGCACCUCAGCUGUCAAAUGAGGGUGCCAGCGAAAAGUAUUUUGUUACUUUUCCUUAUCCAUACAUGAAUGGUCGCUUGCAUCUGGGACAUACUUUCUCCCUUUCAAAAUGUGAGUUUGCGGUUCGCUAUCAGAGAAUGAGAGGCAAACAUGUACUUUUCCCAUUUGGCUUUCAUUGCACAGGCAUGCCCAUCAAGGCAUGUGCAGAUAAACUGAAAAGAGAGAUGGAGGAAUUUGGCUAUCCUCCAAAUUUCCCCUCUGAUGAUAUAUCUCCCAUGGUCAAAGCAGCUGAACCUGAAGAUAGUGUUCUGAAAGAUAAAAGCAAAGGCAAAAAGAGCAAAGCCACUGCCAAAGCAGGUGCUGCAAAGUAUCAGUGGCAAAUUAUGCAGAGUCUGGGACUUGAUGAUGAGGAAAUUAAGAAAUUUGCUGAUCCGCUAUACUGGCUUGAUUACUUUCCACCACUAGCUGUUGCUGACUUGAAAACUAUUGGUCUCCAUGUUGAUUGGCGACGCUCAUUUAUCACAACAGAUGCCAACCCAUUUUAUGACCAGUUUGUACGAUGGCAGUUUCUACGGCUUCAUGCUCUUGAUAAAGUAAAGUUUGGAAAGCGUUACACAAUCUACUCUCCAUUUGAUCGGCAACCUUGCAUGGAUCAUGACAGGAGCACUGGAGAAGGGGUUGGUCCAAUGGAAUAUACUGUGGUUAAGAUGAAGCUUCAGGAGCCAUACCCUGAGAAGCUGAAAUCCUUGACUGGACGACCAGUUUUUCUUGUUGCUGCUACUCUUCGUCCAGAAACAAUGUAUGCGCAGACAAACUGUUGGAUGAAACCUGAUAUGCGGUACAUAGCUUUUGCUGCUGCAAAAGAGGAAGUAUUCAUUUGCACUGCCAGAGCAGCAAGAAAUAUGUCUUAUCAAGGUCUUACGGCACAAAGUGAGCGUGUAGAUAUUCUUGCAGAGCUUACUGGUCAGGAUCUUAUGGGUGUGGGACUGAGUGCACCUUUGACUGCUUACAAGACCAUUUAUGUGUUGCCUAUGAUGACAAUAAAAGAGGACAAAGGCACAGGUGUGGUAACAAGUGUUCCAUCAGACUCUCCAGAUGAUUAUGCAGCUCUUGGGGAUUUGAAACGGAAACAACCGUUUCGGGAAAAAUAUGGCAUUGAAGAUCAUAUGAUUUUCCCCUUUGACCCUAUUCCAGUUAUUGAAGUACCGGAAUAUGGACAACUUACAGCAGUGACUUUGUGCGAGCAAUUAAAAGUACAGAGUCAGAAUGACCAUGAAAAACUUCAACAAGCUAAGGAAUUGGCAUAUCUCAAAGCCUUCUAUGAUGGGAUUAUGGUGGUUGGUGACUUUAAAGGAAAGAGAGUUCAGGAUGUGAAGAAACUGAUACAGAAGCAAAUGGUAGACUCUUCACAAGCUGUCAUAUAUUACGAACCAGAGAAACAAGUGAUCUCCAGAUCUGGUGAUGAAUGUGUAGUUGCUCUUUGUGAUCAGUGGUAUCUUGACUAUGGAGAGAACAACUGGAGAGCACAGGCUGAAGAGUGCCUUGACGUAAUGAACACCUUCCAUGAAGAAGUUAAGAAGAAUUUUCAAGUGACCCUGAACUGGUUACACGAAUAUGCUUGUUCCAGGACAUACGGUUUAGGUACAAGACUUCCUUGGGACGAACAAUGGCUGAUAGAAUCUCUGUCUGACUCAACUAUCUACCCAGCAUAUUAUACUGUCGCACAUUUUCUGCAAGGUGGAACUCUGAAAGGAGAUAAAUCCAAUGCUCUUGGAAUUAAGCCAGAACAGAUGACUCCAGAUGUCUGGGAUUAUAUCUUCAUAGCAGGGUCCCCAUUCCCCGAGAAAAGUGGCAUUCCACGGGAGAUUUUGGACAAAAUGCGACGGGAAUUUGAGUUUUGGUAUCCUGUGGAUCUGCGAGCCAGUGGGAAAGAUCUUAUUCAGAACCAUCUUUCCUUUUUCAUCUAUAUUCAUUGUGCAAUAUGGUCUGAUGAUAAGAGUAAGUGGCCAAAAGGUAUAAGGGCAAAUGGUCACCUUAUGCUCAAUUCUGCUAAGAUGUCAAAAUCUGAGGGUAAUUUUCUGACACUUUCGGAAGCCGUGGAGAAAUUCAGUGCUGACGGAAUGCGUCUAACACUGGCUGAUGCUGGAGAUUCACUUGAGGAUGCAAAUUUUGUAGAAAAUAUGGCUGAUGCAGGUAUUCUCCGUCUUUAUACAUUCAUCGAGUGGACAAAAGAAAUGUUGAAAGCAGAACUGAGAGAUGGUGAACCAGAUAGCUUUAAUGAUCAAGUAUUUCUCAGCGAGAUGAAUCUCAAAAUAAAGGAGACGGAAAACAAUUAUAAUAGACUGCUUUUCAAGGAAGCUCUAAGAACAGGUUUCUUUGAGCUACAAGCAGUUCGUGAUAAGUACCGAGAACUCACUGUGAUGGAAGGAAUGCAUCGUGGUCUCAUCCGGCAGUUUUUGGAAAUUCAAGCAUUACUUCUGUCACCUAUAUGUCCUCAUGUUGCAGAACAUGUUUGGUCUCUUCUUGGGAAAAAGGAAAGCAUAGUCAAGGCCCAUUGGCCAGUGGCAGGUCCUGUUGAUUAUAUAUUGGUCAAGUCAUCUGCUUAUCUCAUGGAAGCUGCACAUGCUUUCAGAGUAUACUUAAAGAAUCACCUUCAGCCACGGAAAGCUCGUAAAGGUGAAAACACCGUUGCACCAGUGAAGCCUACCAAUGCCACUAUUUGGGUGGCAAAAACAUUUCCACCAUGGCAGUGUACAGUUCUGACACACAUGAAAAAUUUCUUGUUGGCAAAUGGAAAACUGCCAGACAACAGAGUUCUCUCAGCAGAACUAAAUGCACUUCCUGAGUUGAAGAAGUACGCCAAGAAGCUGAUGCCAUUUGUCCAGGCAACUCGGGAAAAGGUGGAAACACUUGGAGCUGAUGCCCUGAACCUUUCUGUGGACUUUGAUGAGAAGGAAGUUCUUAUGAAGAAUCUAGUAUAUCUGAAGAAUACCCUUGAUAUAAAAGACAUAGAAGUCCGUUAUACAGAUGAGGCACCCGAAAAUGUUGCACAGGACUGCAGGCCUGGUUUUCCUUUCAUGACAUUCAGUGCUCAACAGGGAGUGGAAUUAACCUUAGUGAAUCCACAACCAUGCAGUGGACACUUCACUCAACGUAUAAUUGUUUACAAUGGUGACACAGUGUCUACAAUUCUGAAGCAACUGAUGCAGUGCAAUGGAAAUAUUAAAGAUACAUCAUGUAUUCAGUUGUGGUUUUAUAAAGAUCCUGAAUUGGGUCCCCGUAAAGUGCCUGUAGCUGGUAAAGAGACUCAACACGCUGUUCGCAUAAGCCUUGAGGGAACACUCCAUGUGAAUACAGAUAAACCUGGAAUUGAACUUGAGUGCAAUGGCACACGACAGUACAUUGGAACAAACAUUUUAUAUAUAAUUUCAUCAGCAGAAUCUAAGAGUGAUAAUGCAUAGUGGCCGUUCUCAUGUAUUAGUUCAUCAGUGCAUGGUCAAUCUCCAUUAAUAACUGAAAUGGAACUUGCAGUAUUUUGUAAUUAUGUGCAUAGUUUAAUGGCUAUUUUAGUCAGGACAACAGAUUGGAAAAAGGAAUAUAUUUUCUUAGGUAAAUGAAAGAAAGGAUAUGAUGUGAUUCGUUAUGUAAUAAGUACACUAGAUCAUCUCAGUACCGCAGUGGAAUUAUAUUUUUAAGAGUUGUGGCAUUGUUUGUAUCGGAUCUUACAACAUCUAAUGAAGGGAACUUGAGAGGGGCAUGUGUACUUAAAUAUAAAGUAGUAAGGAAGUAUGCCUGACUUGCUGAUGGGGUAGAUAUGACUGCCUAAAAUGUACACACGAUUCUCGCUCUUCUUCCUGUUGAAUUUCAUAUUGUUCUUCAAAUUUGAAUAGGUCUGGUUUUGUAGCAAGCCUGAUAUACAUUACGUUCUUCACUCCACAUUACUUUAUUUUUUGUUAACAGGUGCUUCAAAAGACCUAGUUUCCCAUAGUAACAAAUGGAUUAAUCUUCAUUGAAUAAUGCAUGCUGGUUUCUUUAAUCUGGCAGUUCAUUACUUUCAUUGUGUCCUGCUUUAAAUAUAUUUACUGUUUUCACUGCAAUAUUUUGUUUUGUGUAAUGAAGCUAAUGUGUGUGUGAAGCAGGUAUAAAGUGAAAACUAUUCAAAUUUGAGUAAAGUGUCAAAAUAGAAUAAAAACUGAAGAAAAUGGCAGUGGCUGAAAAACAGUUAAACGGAUGUUGUUAUCAUUGUUUUAUAAGCAUGUUGCAUCUGCGAUACCAUCCUACAUUGUAAGUAACAUUUUAUUACAUGGUCUCAGUCUACUGUGAGGAGACUUGUGCUCAUUCAAAUUUUUCUGGUUCCACGAAGAAUGUUAAUGUUUUCAGAUCCUGGCUUUAAUUUGGCAAUAUGUGUCUCUUGAAAUUACAUACCUUGUAGGUUGCCUCAAUAUUCUGUACAAUCAGACCAGUCUAGUUGUAUAAAACUAAAAAACAACUUCAAAUGCAGGUGUGAUUGUACAAUAAAGUACAGUUUCUUAAAUUGACUGCUCUUUUAAGCUGGACAUGUUUAUGUACAAAAGUAAUGGUAAGCUAUUCCUUGAAAUACUAUUGUUUUUAAUGUUCUGUGUGUGAGCUAUUCCUUGAAAGUACUAUUGUUUUUAAUGUUCUGUGUGAAGUACCAAUCUUCUGAGUAAACGAGACAUUUGACUGACAGCAACAAAUUAUCUUGAAGAGCUCCAAACUUCAAAUUCUACCAUUCAAUAAGAAUGUUGUUUCACGGUUAGUGGCGUAUUUUUGUUUCAAAUUUCAAACUUAGUAACAGAUUUUCUCACUAAUCUUUUUUUCCUCAUAUUUUCUACAAAAGCAUCAAAGAAUUCUUAAAAUAACAUUUUAUUUGAGAGUAUAAGAAUUUCAAACAGUGGAAAGUAUGAUGGAAAACAGCACUACUGUAUGGAGAUAUUGUUACUCACCCAGUUGAAGAGGCAUUGAGUCAUAGACAGGAACAAACACACGACACAUGGUCAGUCUCUGGAGACCCAGAUGCCCUUGGGCCUUAGUGUCCAGAGACUGGCCAAGUGACUAACAGUUAUGCUUGUGCAUGACUUUUCUACUGCUGACGAAGCACUUUGUCCAUAAGCUGAAAUAUUUGUAGCUCUCUUUCCAUUUUACCUGUCUGCUACUCAGUGCCUGCCCUUUGGGGUAAGUAGGAAUUUGUCCUUUCCAAGUUAAUGUAAUAGCUUCAA